AUGAAACCUUCAGAUCUAUUAAAAACAUCCAUUGGAGUCUUUGUGGGACUAUCUCACGCUGCUCCAAUUGCAGACUCCCAAAUCCAACAUCCAACCCCUCUACCAUCUUCACAAAACACCAUCACCACUUCCUCCUCAAACUCAACUCUCAACGAUACCCAAGUAUCUUCUCAAUGGUCUUACUUUAUGUAUUGGGACAACCCAGAGUGGCACUACCACAAUGAAAAACAAGACUUUGAAUGCGAAACAUAUUCCUCCCUAUUCUACCCUUAUACUGGUUAUCGCCUCCUCCGCAAGUAUGAGCUCACCCUUGCCCUUUUCCCCGUCAAAACCUCUCUCAAGUUUGUCUUUUGCCACCGUGGCCGUGUUGUUGCCGAACAGCUCAUUGAUUACAAUGAGCAAACUGAUGCAGGCCGCCCACUCUUCCGUUGGGACCGCACUUUUUGUAUAACAUCAAGAGAACCUUUCACCCCGGAUGCCCGCGGGUGUUUCCGAAUGGCCCGCCGUGCUCGCUAUACAGACUUUGGAUUGCCCUUGUACCCACGCGAAGCCUUUAUCGGUGGCUUAUUCCGGUGCCCCACUGAUGACCCAACUGCCCCCUGUGACCAAAAUGAAGCUGUGUCUCCGGCAGCACCACUUAUUGCGGACGAACCCUAUGCCGGCGUAUUUGAGCUCCACAACCCAUGGAAAUUUCUUUACCAUGAACCUCUCUUCUAUACCCCGGACUACUACUCUCAGGUGUACCCACGUUAUAGCGAGAUGUGGGCCCGUUUCAUUGACAUUAAUGAGGAGUACGAUGCAGACACCAUUGUUGUUUCGAAAAACGGAAUCAAAAAACGUAUCCGGCGAUCUAAAAAGUAUACUUCCAGUUCAAGACCUGGGUCUAGGCCUAAACCUGGGACCAACAACCAGCAGACCCCAGCUGCUGUUUCAGUUGAUUCUCUGGAGGAAUUCAAUCUUUUUGACGAAACAAUGCGGAUGGUUGAACCAUAUCUUCCGCGGGCCAUUUCACACGCUCUUUUCUCCUCUUUCCCACGUCCUUCUGCUUCUAGUUCUUCUUCUUCUUCUUCUUUUUCUGCUCCCAAAUUUGCCCGCAUUGUGGCUGCACUCGGAGCUAUGCCUGACCGCAGAGCUGCUGCCAGGAUCUAUCAUACUCUAGUUGUGCGUGCAAACGGCCGUGAAGCUUUACCCGAUCCUCGUAUUCGGCUUGCUGACCCAGACUUGGCAGGUGAUGCUGAGCACAGUGUACUUUUUUCCGAAUGGGCUGGAGCCCGACACAAUGGAUCUGAGUAUGAGACACUAUACAAUAAUAAAAACGGGUGGCUGGCCAAACUUAAUGUGUUUAAGUAUUACAGACCUAGAACCCGUAUAGCCAAGCAACAGACAGUUAAUGAAGAUGAUUCUGAUGCUCUUGGAAAUCCUUCUAUAGGCAAAACUUUCCCCGUGGAGGCCAUGAAACGUCCUCCCAAGUAUUACUCGGAUCUCAAACCUGGGCGUGAUUACAACAAUUACCAUUACCCACCUGGAAGCUAUAUUGACCAGAUCCAACGAAAGAAGGAAAUGCAGCGGCGGCGCCGGGUCGGCGAGCACUACUGUCCCCCUGGAAAACGGUGCAAAUUUUAA